UCGGAGGGAGCCUUUGCUUCCUCCGUAGCCUCCACCACCUGGAAUUUCUCCAGGCUCCAGGUUUCUCUGCCAACCACAAGGAAUCCAGGGAGAAAAAGCAGAGCCCAGACACCCACAACGCACUCCUCCCACGCCUUUUCAGCCCAGGAUCGCCCCGGCAGGGAUGGGCGAUAAGAUCUUGCUGCCCUUGCCUGUGCUUCUCUUGGCCGCAGUAUCACCAGUGCUGCUGCCUGGGGCGGCCAGCUUCACGCCCUCCUUAGACAGCGACUUCACGUUUACCCUUCCGGCCGGCCAGAAGGAGUGUUUCUACCAGCCCAUGCCUCUGAAGGCCUCGCUGGAGAUCGAGUACCAAGUUUUAGAUGGAGCAGGAUUAGACAUUGACUUCCAUCUUGCCUCCCCAGAGGGUAAAACUUUAGUUUUUGAACAGAGAAAAUCAGAUGGAGUUCACACGAUAGAGACUGAAGUUGGUGACUACAUGUUCUGCUUUGACAAUACAUUCAGCACCAUUUCUGAGAAGGUGAUUUUCUUUGAAUUAAUUCUGGAUAACAUGGGAGAACAGGAGCAAGAACAAGAAGAUUGGAAGAAAUACAUUACUGGCACAGAUAUGUUGGAUAUGAAACUGGAAGAUAUCCUGGAAUCUAUCAACAGCAUCAAGAACAGACUAAGCAAAAGUGGUCAUAUCCAGACUCUUCUUAGAGCAUUUGAAGCCCGCGAUCGAAAUAUACAAGAAAGCAACUUUGAUAGAGUCAAUUUCUGGUCUAUGGUUAAUUUAGUGGUCAUGGUAGUGGUGUCAGCCAUUCAAGUUUAUAUGCUAAAGAGUCUAUUUGAAGAUAAAAGAAAAAGCAGAACUUAA